AUGACCGACAACCGUUUGAAUCUGUUCUGUCUUGUUGAUGGGGAGGCUACACCAUUUUCUAUCGAAGUCGACCGAACAAAGACCGUCGAUCACCUCAAGGACCUCAUCAAGGCAAAAAAGGCCAACGCUUACAGCGAUGUCGAUGCAGACGUGCUUACGUUAUGGCGUGUCUCGAUUCCAAUUGAUCCGCCUAACAAGCGCAAACCAAUCGUCCUUACCGAGGUCCAGUCAGCAGCAGAGCUUGACCCAACAGACGAUGUUUCCGAUGUCUUUGAAGGAACGCCACCCAAGAAAACAAUCCACCUCAUCGUGCAACGACCCUCACCAGUCCAUGCACCCGUUCCUGCUCGAGCCUGUACUCCUCUCUCGGUUGAUUCACAUCCUGGUACACCGCUGUCGGACGAGAAAUGGCAAGAACUUAUUUCAAAGAUUGAGGACGAGUUCUUCGCACCUGCUUCGGCCGACUACACGGGCCUCGUCCAGUUCGUCACAGAUGAAUCGUCUGAGACACAGGACCCUCCCAGCAUUGCCAACAAGGCGCUCGAGAAGGUUCAUGGACGAACGAUUCCCUUUUUACCACUCUUUGGCGUUUCUGAGUGUGGGAAAACGAGGGCGGUGAUCGAGAUGCUCUUCAAGAACUGGGGCUUCUACUUCAAUGGAAGCAUCGCGGAUUGGGGUUCCCAGGAUCUUGUCCGCUUUCAUGACUUGGUCCAACAAAGGAAGCGGUAUCGGAAUCGUGACUUCGAGAGCAACACCCAUGUUCACAUCCUGGCGCUGACUCUUGUUCUUAGUCGUAGCAUUGGCUUAAAGAUCCUUCUGGUGAUUGACGAGGCGCAAAAUCUCGGCAAGAUGGACUUUGGAACGUUUAUCUCACAACAAAUAUCCUCGGAAUCUGAGGGUCAAGACUACUUACGACCGAUCCUCUCCCCCUUGGUUCACGGGUUCUACCAGAUCGCUGCCGACCACAGGCCGUUUUGCGUAGUAACUCGUGGGACCGGCCUCAACAUUCUCGAUAUGAAUUGGCUCGAAGACUCGGCUGCUGUCCCCAAAGGUUACAACAAGCAGCUUGGUCCAUUCACCGAUUUCCAAGGCUGGGAAUCGCUUGAACAAGUCCAGAACUAUCUAGCUCUUGUGCGUAGCUCGUUGCCCGAUGAGUCGGCCAGAGGAACUUUCGACAUUCGUGUGUCGGGGGAAGCGGUGUCUGAGCUCUUCGCAUGCUUGCGUGGUCGUUUUAGGCCCAUUGUUACAGCUAUUGAGAGCAUGAUAUGUGCCAGGAACGGUCACAGUGAUUGGAAGAAGACGAUCCAGGACACGGAAGAGGCGCUGACAUCGACCGAUCGCCAAUCUCACGGCAAAGGCAACAUCCCCUACGACAUCGAUCGAAUGCUCCGCCAAGUCGCGCUACAUCCAUCACGGUACGCAAAGUAUCAAAAUAUCAGGACCGUCCUUCAACUCUUUGUGCUGGAACAUUACCUGCAUAGGAGCCCCGUGGCUCUUCAUGAGCUGGAGGCGCCUUUAGAGGAGGCCUCUGUUGGACGAAUCUUGGGUGUUACUGGCCAACCAAUAGCCACAGUUCUGGAUGAGCCGUUUGCAUUGCGUGCUGAGGUGAACUACUUUCGCAAGGAUGACCCCGACUUUCAUAGCGCGAUCUGCAGCUUGUUCAGCCUGUCACCAAAAGCCUCCGUCCUUGGGUCCACAUGGGAGAUGGCGGUUAUGCCUAGCCUGGUUCACGUUUUCCACAACAAAGUCCUGUCUGAGACGUCUCUGGUCCCCUUGGGAGACGGUACGCUGCGACAACGGCCUUUUGAGCAGCAGAGCCACGAUUGUCGGUUUGGAGGAGCAUAUGCUUGGGACCGACCAUCGCAGUAUGUCGCUGAGCGAGGUUUUGAAGGCCCACGUUGA